AUGUCUUCUUGCAAUUUCAACUGCUCAGCUCCCACCCCCGCCUUAUCUCAAAACAGCGAUAUCACUGGAAUUGGGAACAUUAUCAACAGUAUCGUGACUGCCGGCUUCGUUGUAGUGAUCAUUUCCCUCCAUUACGUCGCCGUCUACGAUCCAACCUGCGACCCGUUUCAAAAGGAUGGCCAAACUCUACCAACUCCGUUUCGACCUAACCCAAUCGACGAAGGUGUCUUAACACAGCUCAAAUUAAUCCUAUGGCACGCACCAUUCGUCAAAAAUGGCGGCAAAAAACUUGCAGACUUCUUACUCAAGUGCAUCCGAGCAUUCAGCGACAUACAAAUCGUGACAGGCUUCUCCAUCCUGAUCAGCGGGUAUAUCCAGCUCAGAUGCGGCCUGUCAACCUAUCAUUGGCUGGUCAUUGUCCACCUGGCCUGGAUUUCCUGCCUGACUCAGUUAUCUUGCUUAACGCUUCUGCGCAACCAUCUUCAUGACCACCCUAUAGAGCGGAUAUUGAGGUUACUGGCAGUGGGUGUAUUGGUGGUACUGUUGAUUGUGGGGCUUAGUUUCACUGGAAACUAUCGCUGGGCCUUUGACGCAGACAAUGGCGAUCAUCCGACCCUUAGUGACCCUGCAGUCUGUUAUAUGCGCGCUCGUCCGGAGAUGAAUUCGGCGUUUUUGUCGAUGCCUUUCUCGAUGAUAUUGAUGAUCUCUGGAUUUGCCUCGAGGGUGAUUAAUCUCUACGAUACACGUUCAGUUGGUAUUAUUGGACGAGCCAGAACCUUCCUUGCAGGACACGUACGAAGGUUGCUACGCAUUGUGUAUAAUUGGAGCCACCCGUCUGGCUCGCCACAGAGUCUGAAAUUGAUGCUUUGCUACCUUCCCCUCUUAUCUGUAUACUUCACGUGUUUGGUGCUCGUGGAUGUGUGGGAUUCCGCCAUUAAAGAGGUCAGAUAUCUCAUAUGGGACGUCGUCUGGUUAAUUGUCGCCUUUGUAUAUGGUAUUAUCCGAUUGAUAGGGACCAUAUAUCGACCGGAAAAGAUGGGCCUCGAGGCUUCGUUGACUGGUUUCAACAAUUGGUCGUUUGGCCAAGUUGCUUCUGCGGUAUUACUGGCCGCACCGCUCAUCACAAUCAUCGAGUAUUUCCAGGAAGGAUCAACUAAAAGGUCUAAUACUUGCGUAGAAGAUGACAUUAGCGCACAAAAUGAGCCCCUCGCAGACGACGAGACUCCUACACAAGACGAGACUCCCGCACAAGAUGAAGAACAACCUCUCUCUGGCGGUCAAACCGUACCCCGGCCCGAACUCCUUUCUAUACCAAACCCAACUACCACGGAUCGCAACGACCCCGACAAUGAUUGGAUGUCGCACCCCAACAUACCCAAUCUGAUCUAUAUACAUCUAGCCAUGUUAAUUUUUCCAGUUAUCUCCUGGGCGGCAGACCGUGAUCCCGGCAAGAUGAACACGUUGUUAUUAGACGGUACUAUCAGCUUCUCGGGUCUUUGGGUGGUUGUACUCAUUCUUUACUCUUUGAUGGCGGAGAGUGCAUUUGCGGAAAGGAAGCCUACACUCAACUUCUUUCUACAACAUGGGAUAAAGUUAUACAGCGUUGCGUUUAUGAACUUUUAUAUCUCCAUUUUGGCAAUGGUUGCUUAUUGUAUCCUGCCGCUCCUCAUUGUCGGUGCUUUGGCAUAUCGAUUUUGGGAUUGA